GGCAGGAAUAGGGGGUAUAUAAGGGAAGAGAAGGGCGGGCGAGGUGGCGAGCGACUGAGUGGAAAGAAGAGGGAGGGAGGUGGGAGUGGGGGAUGGUAAGGUGUCAAAUUUGGUGGCAGAAAAGCGGCAGAGACCCCCUUCCCCUGUUUUCUCUGCCUCCAGUCCAGAGAGCCUCACAGUGAAAAAACAGAGGCAGAACGUGUGCGUUAGAGAAUUUUGGCAUUGCUGCUGGGUUUGGGAAUGAAAUGGGGAGGUUUUAGCCUUUCGGUAGAGAGCAGACAGUGAAGCAAAGGCAAAAGCUGCAACCAAUUCUUUCAACCCCAAACAUGGUAAUUGCUUAGGAACACACCCUUCCUUCCCCCCACUCAUUCUCCCUCCUUCCCCCCCAUUGUCAUCUUCUUCUCCUCUGUAAAAACUCUCUUUUGGGGUUUCCCCUUUUCCAGUCACCCUCUCUCUCUCUCUCUCUUUCUAUAUAUCCAUCAUCGACACAAUCUCUUGAUUCAUAAACCAUAAACCCACAUCCGAAGUUUCUCUGUUGAACAAGAAAAAAAAAGGUGCUAUCUUGCACUGCCCUGCAUCAGUCAAACCCCAACAGAAAGGCUGUCUAAAGAAAACUUCAGAAGUUGUUGCUGCUGGUUGCCAGUCUUCCAUGGAUGCAAUGAACAGAAAAGGGUCAUCAUCAUCAUCAUCGUCAUCAUUGUCUAGAAGAAGAAGAAGCUAUAUAAGCAACAGCUGCUGCAGAGGAGCAUUGCUCUGUUUCUGCAUCAUCACCUUCUUCUUGUUCUACAGUAACACUCUGUCUUCUCCUGGCACCAGGUGCCCCUUCUCUGCUUCCCCCGAUUCGUGUUUUCAGGAAUCCACGAAGGUGGAAGGCUGGACGACGUCGUUUGCUAGGAGGUUGCUGGGCGGGCCGGGAUCGUCGCCGCCGCGGUGCAUGUCGAAGUGCGGGAAGUGCACGCCGUGCAAGCCGGUGCACGUGCCGGUGCCGCCGGGGACGCCGGUAACGGCGGAGUAUUACCCUGAAGCGUGGAGGUGCAAGUGCGGCAAUAAGCUCUACAUGCCAUGACCAGGAUGAUGAUGAUGAUCGUCAUUAGAAUCAUAAUCAAUCAUCGAGCCAGCGUACUAAUCAUAUACAUAUUUGUCGGGAUUAUCGAUCAAUGUCGUGGAUGGGAUGAUGAUGUGUCGUUAUCGAGAAAUCAUGAUGAAUUUAGCUCCGGCAAUGUAAUGUUGGGUUGUGCCUUUGUCGUAAUUAUUAAUAUACAUAGAUUUGAUUAAUUGGUGUUAAGUGGGUGAUUGCAAAAAACAAGAUGCCUUAUUACCUUAAUUGGAAGGGUGGGCCCCUGGGCCCUGAUGGC